AUGAGGGCCGGUAUCCCACUGCUGGUGGCCAUGCUCUGCAGCCUGGCCUGUGCCGGGGAGACAGGAUCCUGUGUGUCUCGCUGCAAGGAGAGAUUCCCCCGGGGUGGCACCUGCCAGUGUGAUAGCUGGUGUCCCCGCUAUGGGGAUUGCUGUGCAGACUACAUGUGCCUGCGUGCCGAGGACACCAAGGAGCCACAGCCAUCUCUAGGACUGGGGGAAGAGUCAGGCACGGCCGCGACCAGCAGCUUGUAUGCAGCUCCUGGCUCCUGCCAGGGUCGCUGCCGGGAAGCCUUCGACAGACAUCAGCCCUGCCACUGCGAUGUCCACUGCCUGCACUUCAGAAAUUGCUGUGAGGAUUUUCAGCGUCUGUGUGAGGCCCACGAGGGCUUCUCUCGCAGCAGCGACGCCAUUUCUCGGGAGGAGCUGCGGAGCAUCUCAGAGCGAAUCUACAGGGCUGAUACCAACAAGGCCCGUAAGGAAGACAUUGUGCUCAACAGCCAAAACUGCAUCUCGCCCUCAGAGACUGGGGACCGCGUAGACCGUUGCCCUGAACCGCUCUUCAGCUACGUAAAUGAGGAGCUGUUCUCCAAGCCCACAUAUGCGGCCUUCAUCCGGCUGCUCAACAACUACCAGCCGGCCACGGGCCACAGGGAGCAUAUGGGCGCCCAGCAGCUGGCCGAGCAGCAGGCCUUCCUGCGUGAGGUCAUGAAGACAGCUAUCAUGAGAGAGUUCUGUGACUUCCUGCUGCAGCAGAACCGCUAUGACUCAGAGCAGGAGCUGGUGGAUGACCUGCACAACAUGUGGUUCGGGCUGUACUCCCGCAGUGGCGAGGAACGGGAUUCCAGUGGCUUUGAGCACGUCUUCUCGGGUGAAAUCAAGAAAGGCAAGGUCACGGGUUUCCAUAACUGGAUCCGCUUCUACCUGCAGGAGAAGGAGGGCCUGGUUGACUACUUCAGCCAUGUGUACGAUGGGCCUUGGGAUUCAUACCCCGACGUGCUGGCCCUGCAGUUCAGCUGGGAUGGCUUCUAUAAGGAAGUCGGCUCGGCUUUCAUCGGCAGCAGCCCUGAGUUCGAGUUUGCGCUGUACUCACUGUGCUUCAUCGCCAGGCCAGGCCGAGAGUGCCAGCUAAGCCUGGGUGGACACCCCUUGGCCAUCCAGACAUAUACCUGGGACAAGAGCACCUACGGCAACGGCAGGAAGUACAUCGCCACAGCCUACAUCGUGUCCUCCAUGCAGUAGGAAGGCAGGCAGGCAGCUUGCCAGCCUGAGGCGCACUGGCCUGUGGCCGGAAGUGUUUGACCCCAAUCCAUAACAGGCAUCUCUGACCAGGAGACCCCAUAACGGGAGUCACAGCCCACAGCUGGGAGCCAGGGCUUGUGAACCCACUCUCUAGGGAAGGAUCUGUUCCCUCCUGGGCCUGGUGACACUGGGACUGGCACAUGUCCUAGCUCGGGGGAAGAGGCCCAGGUCACCGAGUGUGGGGCUGGGGUCAGUGUCUCCUAGCCAGGCCCUGGGAAUGCUGAUUCACUCUGAGGGCUGUUCUGU